AUGGGCAUCAUGAACUCGUUCGUCAACGACAUCUUCGAGCGCAUCGCGGGCGAGGCGUCGCGCCUGGCGCAUUACAACAAGCGCUCGACCAUCACGUCCAGGGAGAUCCAGACGGCCGUGCGCCUGCUGCUGCCCGGGGAGCUGGCCAAGCACGCCGUGUCCGAGGGCACCAAGGCCGUCACCAAGUACACCAGUGCCAAGUAAAUUUGCCGAGUAAGCAUAU